AUGGGUGUUCAUGUAGUUUCAAAGCUGGAUAACCGCCAGCAUGCGAGCUUCGACAUCGGAGUUGCUACCCAGAGGGAACUAUCAGGGUCCUCAGUAAGAAUUCGCACUCAACUAAUCAGCCUCACUUCAAACAAUCUGACCUAUGCCUCAAUGGGUGGGUUCUUGCGCUGGUGGGACGCGUACCCUGUAUCCGAAGACUAUCCCGCACCAUACAACGAUCCAUCAGCAUGGGGAAUUGUUCCAGCCUGGGGCUAUGCAACGGUGGAAGAGACGACUAUUCCAGAAUUAUCCAAAGGAACACUCCUUUUCGGAUUCUGGCCCACGUCCAGCACACCAACCGAUCUCAAACUCAAACGCGGCUCGCCAGAAGGCCACUGGAUCGAGAUCAGUGACCAUCGCCAGCAACUGAUGCCACUGUACAACCGCUACACAGUAGCUCGAACAUCGAGCUCAAUCUCUGAGCUGACUAGUACGCUCAAUCCUCUUUCAGAUUCGGCACAAGAUGAGCUAGAUCGUAUGGCCUGGAACACGCUUUUUAUUGGCGGAGUGGCUGGGAUCGUUCUCAGCGAGUAUGUUUUCUCGUCAAACCCAAGCCAACCUCCCAUCCAUCCACUGGGAAACAAACCUGGGUUGCAGUGGACCCUGUCCGACGGGGACUUGUCAUCCGCGGUCGUAAUAAACCUGGCUGCGUCGACUAACACGGCCCGUGUUUUUUCGUACUACCUGUCGCGAAAGCCGGAUAGCUCAGCACCCCUUGGACUGUUGCAGGUUACCUCAGCUGUGUCACGCAUCGAGGAAGCAGAUCGGAAUUUACCUACUUCUGUUCCUUCCAAGGUGGUUGCAUAUGAAGAUAUUGGGUCCGAGGAGUCGGCAGAGUGGCUAGCUAGCCGCAAGGCUUCCAAGAUUGUCAUCGUCGACUUCGGUGGGCGUGAGAAUUCUCUCACAGACACCCUCUCCCUGAUCAAGAACCAUGCCGAGUUGCAAUCUUCCAAGGUUGUGAUUGUCUCGGUUGGCAAGGAGCAGAAAGUGUACUCGGUGGAGGACCUGAUUGCUGGGGGUGCAGAAAAUGAGAAGCUUGGAAAGGUUCAAUACAACACUUCUGGUGUGCAAGACACCAUACUCGAGUCUGUCGGGCCGGAAGCCUACUUUGCAACAAAAGCCGUACAGUGGGAAAAAUGGCUGGAUGAUCGGCACUUGAGCGUGCCAGGAAAGCAGAUUGUAUUCGGUCACGGUGUCUCUGGUGCUGAUGGUAUCGAGGGGGGUUGGGAUAGACUGUGUCAAGGACAAGUACGAGCUGAAGAGGGAUUGGUCUACAAGAUGCAGUGA